AUGGAGAUACAGUUCCGGCGAGAAAAGGGCAUCUAUUUUACCUGUGACGAGCGCUAUUCCCCUUCCCACAAAUGUGCUUCCAAGCACUAUUUUCUGAUCCAAACUGUAGAGGAAGUCCCUACUGACCAGGACUCUGCAAUUGAGAUUCCCGAAGUGGACCAAAUCCCGCUGGUACUAGCUGAGGACAGGGUUGAGCCACUCCACCUUUCGUACAAUGCCAUGGCUGGCAUCCCUGCCCGACGGUCGAUUAGGUUCCGAGGUCUGGUGCACGGCAGAGACAUCCAUGUACUCAUGGAUGGCGGCAGCUUGGAUAACUUCAUCCACCCGGCUUUGGUUCGACGCCUGGCAGUGCCCGUUCAUCAUUCCCCACGAUUCAAGGUUGAGGUGGGUAAUGGUGGUUUGCUCCAAUGCGAGGGUGAGGUUCGUGAUUUACCUGUUUCCAUUCAGGAUCAUUUGCUCCUUAUAUCGGCUUUCGUACUUCCCAUUGCUAGUGAGGAGCUGGUUUUAGGGGAUAUUUGGCUUGAGACACUGGACACCCAUUUGGUGAAUUACAGGGAAAAAUUCAUUACCUUCAUGGUUGGGGCUGAAAUGGUUACUUUGCAGGGUGAAAAAGAUGCCAACCCAGCCCCGGCACAAUUUCAUCAGUUGCGGCGUUUGCACAUAACAGAUGAGAUUAUGGAAAUGUAUACACUUCAGCUCCAAGAACCGGUUACAGACACCCCUCCUCCUUUGGAAUUACCUUCUGAUUUGGCGCCCGACUUAGCUACUAUAUUGCGGGAUUACUCAGUUGUUUUUCAGGUUCCAAAAGGAUUGCCCCCGCCGAGAGUACAUGAUCACACCAUUCCCUUGUUGCCCGGAACGUCGCCUAUUAAGGUCCGCCCUUAUCGAUAUCCUCAUUGCCAAAAGGCUGAGAUUGAGCGGAUCGUCGCUGAGAUGCUAGCCGAGGGCAUCAUACAGCCAAGCACUAGCCUCUUCUCUUCGCCCGUGCUGUUGGUGAAAAAGAAAGACGGUUCAUGGCGGUUUUGCACUGAUUAUCGGGCCCUCAAUCAUGCCACCAUCAAGGAUUCCUUUCCUAUGCCGACGGUGGACGAAUUCGAGAAUUGUUUGGUGCUCAGUUCUUCUAAACUCGAUCUCCGCUCGGGGUACCAUCAGAUUCGUGUGUCACAUCUGGUAUAUGUCUUACGCGUGCUCAAGCAUCAUUCCCUAUUUGCCAAACUCUCUAAAUGCUCUUUCAAAAAAACACAAGUUGAGUACCUGGGCCAUGUGGUUUCACUUGAGGGGGUGAGAGUGGAUGACUCAAAAAUUGAAGUAAUUCGUUGUUGGCCGACUUCAACCUUAGUAAAGCAACUCCGGGCGUUUUUGGGACUGGCGAGCUACUAUCGAAAGUUCAUAUGCAAUUUUGCCACUCUGGCAGCACCGCUCACUGACUUGUUGCGCAAAGAGGGGUUUGUGUGGUUGCCUUCAGCCUCGGAUGCUUUUGUGACAUUGAAGGAGGCUCUAACUCAUGCACCAGUCCUGGCACUUCCCGACUUCUCCAAACCUUUUGUGCUUGAUACAGAUGCUUCGGGUACCGGUAUUGGGGGGAUUCUCAUCCAAGCUGGACAUCCCAUCGCUUAUUUUUCAAAGAAACUUUCCUGCACGGCUCAGAAGCAAUCCGUCUAUGCCCGGUAA